UCUCUACAAUCUAUUAUUCCAGUUCCUCUCUCUCUCUCUCUCUCUUUGCCGAUCAAUCCAAAGAGUUAAAAGCCAAAACGGCAAAAGUACUUAAGACUUGAAAAGUACAAAGUGCUUCGUCAACAGCUGAAGACUUGAUUUUGGAUUUCCAAUUUCAGUAAUCUUAGUUCUAGGUUCUUAUUGGCGAAUUUUUAUCUACGAUGGCUCCAAAGGGCAAAAAGCAUUGUGUUAGAACUUUACCCCCUGAUGUACUUAACAAUCUUCCUGAGAAUGUAGUUGAUGAAAUUCUUAUCCGUUUGCCUUUACGAGAUGCUGUGAGGACAAGCAUCUUGUCGAAGAAAUGGAGAUAUAACUGGUGUAGACUUCCACAGUUGACGCUUGAUCAAGCACUUUGGAAAACUAAGAAGGAUCUAACAUACAUUACAAGUAACUUCACAAAGAUUAUCUACCACAUUAUGACCCUUCAUGUAGGACCAAUUACAAAGUUUACCCUAUGCAUUCCUAACUUGGAAGGUUGUCCUAAUCUCGAUAACUUGAUGUAUUUCCUCUCUAGGAAUGUCAUUAAACAUCUUGUUCUUAGACUUCCGAGGGGUAACCCGUACAAAUUGCCUUCUUCAUUUUUUGUAUGUUUGCAGUUAAGGCAUCUGACUCUAAAAAAUUGUUUAAUACUUCCUCCUCCAACCUUCAAAGGAUUUGAUAGGUUAACUAGCCUGAAAUUAUACAACGUUUCAAUUUCUUCCAAGUUGCUUGAAAGUUUUAUCUCUCAUUCCCCGUUGCUCGAGCAAUUGGUGCUGCAGAUCUCAGGUUUAAGUGACAUCAUUGAAAUUAAUGCUCCGAUGCUGAGAUCAUUUGACUUCACAGGCAAUAUAAGAUGUAUUUGCUUUAAAAGUAUCCCUCUUCUGGCAAAACUUUUACUUACACAAGAAAAUUAUGUGGAAGAAAAAUGUAAUAUUGCCAAGUUUUUUGAGCCUCUUAUUGCUCUCGAGCAUCUCCAUCUGAAUGACACGUUCUUUUUUGCAGGAGCAGGUGAAGUACCAACAAGGCUUCCCUUUAAUCUUAACUUUGUCAAACAUCUUUGCAUAUCAAGUAUUUGUCUGUUUGUCUUGGAAGAGGUUUCAUGUGCUCUUUGCUUGCUAAGAAGCUUCCCAUGUUUACAAUAUGUGGAAAUUAAGGUGGAGGCCGGUGAUGGCAACGAUAUACCUGCUCUAGAAUGUCUUGAAGUAGAACAAUUCUCGGAUGUGUCAUUUAAUCACCUCAGGGAAGUUAAGCUAAUACGGACUAAUGGCACAAUUCGUGAGAUGCAGCUUAUGAAGCUUCUGUUAGCCAAGUCUCCGGUGCUGGUGAGAAUGCUAAUCCAACCAUGUCUAGUUGAAGAUUCUGCAAUACUUGCUGAGCUAACAAAUUUUCAGCGUGCUUCACCUAAAGCACAAGUUGUCUAUAAACAUCAAUAAGCAUCCAUAUUUACCUUCCUUUUUUAUCGUCUCGAUUCUUCAAUCAAACCAUGAUCCUUGUGUAAAAUGUUUGGAUGUUGAUUUAAGAUAGAAUGCAGUAGUAUUAAACUAUUAAUGUUGUAGUUUGCCUAAUUGCCAUAAGACUGGGUGAAGUCUAAAACAUAAAUUAUAAAAGCGAAUGUGGAUGGUUUCUUCAACUUUGUUAUUA